AUGAGCUCUUCAACAUUCACAACCGAUAGUCGCUCACGAAGUAGUCGUGCACAACCUGCAAUCACACAUAUCCGACCACACUCGAAAACACGAGUAGCAUAUUUUCAUAAUAAGGACGUCGGGUCUUUUCAUUAUGGUGUGGGUACGGGGGUUUAUGAUACAAAAAAGACAGGACAUCCUAUGAAACCGCAUCGAUUAACUUUGACGAACGAUUUAGUUAUAAAUUACGGAUUGCACGAAUUGAUGGAUGUCUAUUGUCCACGUAUGGCGACAGAGGCCGAACUUCUCGAGUUCCACGAAUCGGAUUACGUAAAUUUUCUCAAAAAGAUUACACCACAAAAUCGAGAUACAGAAUUCGCAGAUGUAUUAGGCAAUUUCAAUUUCGGCGAUGAUUGUCCAGUGUUUGAUGGAUUAUGGGAUUUCUGUAGAAUUUAUACCGGUGCUUCAUUGGCUGCCGCACAAAAACUAUGUAUGAAAGAUAUGGAAAUUUGCGUCAAUUGGAGUGGUGGUCUUCACCACGCGAAAAGCUACGAGGCUUCGGGGUUCUGUUAUGUAAAUGAUAUAGUGCUAGCUAUUAGGCAGUUAUUAAAAUAUUAUGCGCGAGUAUUGUAUAUUGAUAUAGAUAUACAUCAUGGGGAUGGUGUACAGGAAGCAUUCUAUUGUACUGAUCGAGUUAUGACAGUUUCUUUCCACAAAUAUGAACCUGGGUUCUUCCCUGGUACUGGAGACACCACCGAAAUAGGUAGUGAACUCGGCAAGUAUUACAGCAUUAAUGUGCCACUGAAAAAUGGAAUUGAUGAUGACAGUUAUGUAAACUUAUUUAAAACGAUAAUGACGGAAGUGAAAGAUCGAUACCAACCAAGUGUAGUUGUCUUACAAUGUGGUGCAGACUCACUGGGUUUAGAUCGUCUUGGAGCAUUCAAUCUAUCUAUUAAAGCUCAUGGAGACUGUGUAAAGAUAAUCAAAAGCUGGCAGAUACCGCUGCUGGUGCUAGGUGGUGGUGGUUAUACUAUUCAUAAUGUAGCAAGAUGUUGGGCGUAUGAAACUAGCGUAUUGCUGGAUGCUAAUCUUCCUAAUGAAAUUCCAAGAGAAAGUAAAUACCUUGAUUUCUUUGAACCUGAUUAUAAAUUGCAUCCACAUCUGGUUGGACGCGUUGACAAUCAAAACACCAAGACUGAUCUGAAACGAUUAACAGAAGUCAUUUUUGAACAGUUAAGACAUCUAGAUGGUGCUCCCGUUGUACAAAUGCAAGAAUUGCCUGACGGUAUAGCGGAAUACUUGCAAGAGGCUGACGAAGAAUUGGCCGAUACUCGGGAAGAUCAACGUGCUAAUAAGCGUAUAAAAAGAUCAAAGGCGCAUGACAAUGAAUUCUUUGAUGGUGAUAGUGAUCAAGAACAGGACGAGGAAGAUACUAUGGACCUUGAUUGA